AUGUUCAAGCUAUCUGUAGCGUUCAUCACUUUUGUCCUUUUCCAAAACAUACUGGCCGCUCCGGUCCUGCUCACAACCUCCCCACUGGGUACUACAGAAGUCAAUGCGGUAAACCGUCGCGCCAACGGUGAUCCUGGACAGGCGCAUGACAUAUACAGCAAUGAUAUCUCUGUCUUGGACAAUGAAGACGAUAUUGUCAACCGUAGGCAGAGUGCAGGAUCUGUUAUAGCGACCCUGCCACCUCAUUUGCAGGGAACUACGACAGGUGGUUCUCUCGGCCCAUACACUGGUGUCUUCAACACCGUCGGAGACACUUUCGACCUCCCGCAUGCACGCGAAAUUCGACCUAUCCACAUCUUGCCUAAUCCACUCGAAGCUGUUCAUGGAGUCUCUGUCAGAGAACUGCCUGACACUUUGAUUGACCACACAGACGAUGAUGGCUCGCUUCUCGACCCUUUGUCUGCCCCAACUUCACUUGUAAGCCACGAUGGCCUGGGAGACGGUGGUCUUUCGGAUCCCGCGGCUUCAUUGAACUCCCUCGUUGACCCCGAUGAUGAUGGUGAAGAUGGAGACGAUGACAAUGAUGACGACGACGGGAAAGAUGACGGUGGGGACGAAAGUGAAGGUGGGGACGAUGACAAUGGGGCCGAUAUGGACAAUGAUAUCGGUGUUGAUAAGGACGGGGAAGAUGAUGAAUACAGUAGUGAUGUGGAAGACAAUGACACUAACUUGGACAACGGAGACGAUUCGAUCGAAGGGGAGCAGAACACCGCCGACAACGAAGACAGCGGUGACGGAGGCGAGGACGAUGUUGAAGGUCGCACUGAAGAUAUACCCCGCCGUCCGUUCAGAUUACCGCCACCCUCCCGACUCUCCAGAUGUGUCGAAUCCGCAGUACCUGCUGUCCGUUUCGUCUUCUACUAG